AUGAAGAUCGAAGCUCGCAAUCUCAGUUAUACCUAUCCCGGUGCAUCCACACCCACGUUGAAAAAUAUCAACCUCUUCGUACUUCCCGGAGAAACACUGGCCAUCGUUGGGUUCAACGGGGGAGGUAAGACUACUCUUAUCAAAGCUUUGUUGGGGUUAUACGAUCAUGCGGGUGAGUUAUACAUCAACGAUCGGCCUAUCCAAGAGUUUGAUCCACGAUCUUUACAUGACCGAAUGUCAUGUCUGUUUCAAGACUUCUGUAAGUAUUCCUUGACUCUCUGUGAGAAUGUAGGAGUGGGAGAUAUAAAUGAAAUUAAUGAGAGGGAACAUAUCAUGCAAGCGGUAAGAAAAGGAGGAGCUGAUCAAGUGGCCUACAAACUGGGAUUGGAGAGAAACUUGAUUUCUUAUGAGGGCAGAAAUCUCCCCGCCACUGCGCUGUCCGGAGGUCAUUGGCAGCGAAUAGCUUCAUCCCGAGCAUUCCUCCGUGCCGAUCGAGCGGAUCUAAUAGUGUUCGACGAACCUUCUUCGGCUUUGGAUCCAAAAGCAGAUUCAGAUCUCUUCCAAAGGAUCCAUAAUUUAUCUCAUCCUGGUUCCGCCGGCAGACCAACGAUGAUAUACAUCAGUCAUAGGUUCAGUACGGUCAAGAAGGCGGAUAAAAUUGCAGUGGUGGAGAACGGUACGAUCAUAGAGUUGGGGAGUCAUGAUGAGUUGAUCGUAAGACGAGGGAGGUAUGAGGAGUUGUUCAGGUUACAAAAAGAAGGAUUUGAUUGA